GAGGGUUUCAGCUGCGGCGGCGAUGGGGGCGGUGGGAGUAGGGCUGGUGGACUGUCACUGUCACCUCUCCGCCCCGGACUUUGACCGCCCAUAAGCCCUCUCUCUCCACUCGGCUUGUAUUUGCUGUUCCCGGCUACUGAAGUGCUUCCCCCUGCCCCGCGUUGGCCGGCCUGUUUGUCCUACCAGCGCCUCCGUUCCUGGCUGAGAAUCCACUUUCCCCGAGACGCCGCGGGUGUACCCCGGGCUCGCUCCCGCGCGCCGCGCGCUCCCUUCCUAGUGCGGAGAGAAGCAGACACACGCACGCGCGAUCUGGAUGGUGUGUUGGAGAAAGCCAAGAAAGUAUAAUGGGUUUGUCCUGCCAUGCUUGGGUGUUCACCCAGUUCAAGGAGUUUCACCAGAAGACCAAAGAAGUGUCACAUUAAAGACAGGAACUCUGCAAAUCUCAAGAUAGCCCUCUGGAAAAGACCAGAGGAUUUUGAUGUGGCUUUGCCCAUUAUCGAGAAUUAUAAGGAUCGAUUGUUGGCAAUCGGAGAGGUUGGACUAGAUUUCUCCCCCAGAAUUGCCAGCACUGAUGAACAGAAGGAAGAGCAAAGACAAGUCCUAAUAAGACAGGUCCAGUUAGCCAAAAGACUAAACUUGCCUUUAAAUGUUCACUCACGGUCAGCUGGAAGACCCACCAUCAGCCUCUUAAAUGAGCAAGGUGCUGACAAAGUGUUGCUGCAUGCAUUUGACGGUCGGCCAUCUGUAGCCAUGGAAGGAGUAAGAGCUGGGUACUUCUUUUCAAUUCCUCCUUCUAUCAUAAGAAGUGGACAGAAGCAGAAACUUGUGAAACAAUUGCCUUUAACUUCAAUUUGCUUAGAAACAGACUCACCUGCACUAGGACCAGAAAAACAGGUACGGAAUGAGCCCCAAAACAUUUCCAUUUCAGCAGAAUAUAUUGCCCAAGUGAAAAGGAUCUCAGUGGAAGAAGUUAUAGAAGUGACAACACAGAAUGCAUUGAAACUGUUUCCCAAGCUUCAGCACCUGCUCCCAAAAUAGCUUCAAAAUAAAAUCAACUGCAGAGGGCAGUGUUUGAGAAAAAUAAAUGUUCUGAUGAAGAGUCUGAAUUGAAGAAGCCAUUGUAUCAGGAUACAGAAGAUUAUAAUUUUAGAGAAAUAGUUCUCUUAGAAGUAAAACCGGACUUAGACCCUGAAAUCCUGGGUUCUGAAUCAACCUUGCACUGCUUUUCAAUUAACGGAGUCCUAACAGGAGUUUGGGAAACACCACUACUUCCUACUUUUCCCUGCUAAAUAGAACCACCAAAUGAUUAAACUGAAACUGUUUCUUCUGGCAAGGAUGGCUCCCACAGAUAAGAAAUAAGUGCUACUGUGAUUGCAUGGUAUAGACUGUAGUUUGAUCCUUUACCACCUGUUUGACUUCCCACAGGAUUUAUCCAGCGAAAGGAGAGCAUCUUGUUUCUUAUACUGUCAGAAAUCUUAUCUUUUCUAGGUUUGCAAAAUUAAACUUAAGUACUUUGAAUUGA